AUGGACUGGAACAUGAACACCAACUUCCAGGCGGUCUUCGACCGCAUCCUACGCACGGCGGUGGACGGUCGGCUGCCCAAGGAGAAGAUGAUCAGGACCGUCUUCGUGUUCAGUGACAUGGAGUUCGACGAGGCGUCUGCUAGUCCUUGGGAGACGGACUACCAGGCCAUCUGCCGCAAGUUCAAUGACGCCGGGUACGGCGACGCAGUGCCUCAGAUCGUGUUCUGGAACCUGAGGGACUCAAAGUCGACGCCGGUGACGUCAACGCAGCCCGGAGUCGCGAUGGUGAGCGGCUUCUCCAAGAACUUGGUCAAGCUUUUCCUGGAGCACGAUGGUGUGGUGAACUCGGAGGCCGUCAUGAAGGCAGCCAUCGCCGGCGAGGAGUACCAGAAGCUUUCUGUGUUUGAUUGA